AGUUCUGAAGUUGAACGUUUAUUCAACAGAACAGACAUCAAUUAUCACAGUGAAAAUUGAUCGAUCGUGAUAACAAAUUCUGACCGGAUAAAUUUAACAACAGACUAAACAAAACACGAUAUUGCACCGCAGCCAUGGGUUCGAGUUUCUCAUUGAGUAAAUCGAUGAAACCGAUCCAAAGACCGGGAGGCAACCAUACGCCGUUUCAAACUGCUCCCGGGACGGUAAAUACUGGCAACGUGCAACAUGGACACCAUAACAGUGCAUCAAACUACCCAUCCUACCCACAACAGGCACAUAUCAUCCAGCCACCUGUCUACGCUCCCGUUGCAGGUAACCCGGUGUAUAUCCAACAGGUACCUGGCUAUGGGGUUCAACACCCUGGCUAUGGCAUGCAACCGGGUUAUGGUAUGCAACAGCCUGUUUAUGGCAUGCAACCGGGUUAUGGUAUGCAACAACCUAACUAUGGCAUGCAACAAGGCUAUGGCGUGCAACAACAGGGCUAUGGAGUACAACAGCCUGUCCAUGGUACUGCCCCGUCUCAUCCUAAUCUGGGAGCGUCUCAGGCGAAUACCGGCGUGCAUCCGUCUAACGUGCUGGUAACUAACCCGGACCCAAGUACAGUAGAAACUCCACCGGAAUACACUGAGAAACCGGCACCAGUAGCUGCAGUGAAGACUGAACCGACACCAGUAGCAGCACAGAAGACUGAAUCGACACCAGUAGCUGCAGUGAAGACUGAACCGACACCAGUAGCAGCACAGAAGACUGAACCGACACUUGUAGCUGCAGUGAAGACUGAACCGACACCAUUAGCAGCACAGAAGACUGAACCGACACCAGUAGUUGUACAGAAGACAGAGGUCACCGUAUCAGAAAGUGAGGUUCAUCCCACGGGAGAAUCAACGGGAGAGCAUUAGAUACUUGUUAUUUAUUGUUAUAACUUUAUGUUGAUGUUACAAAACACGUUCCACAUAAUUUCUCGUGCAUUUUAUUUUGUGUUUUAACGUAAUGAUGCUAUUGAACUAUCAUCCACUUUGUAUGCAGAUUUCUAAAAUUUCAUCAGUAUAUUCUGUAUUAACGUUUAUCAAAGGAGAAAAAAUUAAACAUUUAGCAAUUUAUACACAUGCAAACUGGUAUUUGUAUGGUAUGUUAUUAGUACAAAACAAAAGGGGUUUAGUGAACAAUAUGCUUUAUAUUUUAUACAAAUGCUGUUGACUAAAUGAAUAAAAUUCAGAUAAUUAUGCGUGCAUUUUUGUUCAAGGUUUAUAAAUGUUCAAGAUUUGAUGACCAUAGGUCAGUGCAAAUGCAUUCAUUAUUGUACUGAACCAAAACUGUAAAAUUUUAAAAUGGCUUUGAAAUGAAAGUCUAAUAUCGUUGCAUAAUUUACUUAUUUAUUAGUUCAUAACACUUGACUUCUGAUAUUGCAAUAGGCCUUAUUUAACGCCGCUUAAAAAUAAUAGAUAUAUCAGGCUCAAUGAUCUAUCUUGAGACAAAUAUAUCAGGCUCAAUGAUCUAUCUUGAGACAAACAUAUCAGACUCAAUGAUCUAUCUUGAGACAAAUAUAUCAGGCUCAAUGAUCUAUCUUGAGACAAACAUAUCAGACUCAAUGAUCUAUAUUGAGACAAAUAUAUCAGGCUCAAUGAUCUAUCUUGAGACAAACAUAGUUUGACAUAAAAUUCAAUCGUAACGUUUGAACGGA